AUGGCGGGCAACUCGAGCAACGCUCCAGCCCACGCCCAAUCCUCUCUACCGUCCCUCCCCGCACAUCUCCAGUCCGAUACCCAUCUGACUGCUCAACUGGCCAGUCGAUUCCAUGUUGGUUUGCCUACCGCCCAUCUCUCCUCUCAAGCAUUGGUCGCUCUCAACACAUAUACAUCCGCUACCAAAGGUCCCGAUGGCACCAAAGAAGGAAGUGCAGCUGGAGAAGCGGAGGAUCUUGCCCGUCGAGCUUUCACUCGCUUAGGAGCUCGCGGAGAGAACCAAGCCGUGGUAUUUCUAGGCGAGAGCGGCUCAGGAAAAACCACCCUUCGCUCACAUCUACUAUCAUCUUUCCUGUCGUUUUCAUCAACUCCACUUUCCUCUAAACUAUCAUAUGCGGCUUUUGUUUUCGACACACUGACAACGACCAAAUCCGUGACGACUCCUACAGCUUCCAAGGCUGGUCUCUUCCUCGAAUUGCAAUACGAUGGCUCAUCUUCAGUCAACCCGACCUUGAUUGGUGGUAAAAUCAUCGACUAUCGAUUAGAACGGAGCCGUAUCUCCUCAGUGCCCACUGGUGAACGCAGUUUCCAUGCCCUCUACUAUCUUCUAGCCGGUACCAGUUCUGCUGAAAAGUCUCACCUGGGAUUUGACAAUCCAAUCAACAUUUCCACGGGGGCAGGCGCAAUCAGCCACAAGCGAUGGCGGUAUCUUGGUCACCCUACUCAGUUGAAAGUCGGCGUCAAUGAUACUGAGGGCUUCCAGCACUUCAAAACCGCUCUACGCAAGCUCGAAUUCUCUCGCGGAGAGAUUGCUGAGAUCUGUCAGAUUUUAGCUAGCAUUCUUCACAUCGGACAGCUCGAUUUUGUUUCUGGUCAAUCGACCGCUACAUAUGCCGAAGAAAGCGGUGGUUACUCUCAUGAAGGUGGUGAAACUGUAACCGUGGUCAAGAAUAAGGAUGUGCUUGACAAUGUGGCGGCAUUCCUGGGUCUCGGCGUUGAAGCUCUGGAGGUUAGCCUGGGUUACAAGACCAAGACUAUCCACCGGGAGCGUGUAACGGUUAUGCUGGAUCCCAAGGGCGCUCGACAGAAUGCUGAUGCGUUUGCCCGUACCAUCUACUCGCUUUUGGUCACCUAUGUGAUUGAAACCGUCAACCAGAAGAUCUGCGCCGCCGAGGAUAGUGUGGCAAACACCAUUUCAAUCGUUGAUUUCCCUGGAUUUGCUCAAGCUGCUGCGACUGGCUCCACAUUGGAUCAACUUCUUAGCAAUGCGGCCACGGAGUCUUUGUACAACUACUGCCUGCAGUCCUUCUUUGACCGAAAAGCCGAUGUAUUGGAUCGCGAAGAAAUUUCAGUUGCAGCAACAAGCUACUUCGACAACACCGAUACCGUGCGGGGUCUUUUGAAGCAUGGCAAUGGACUGUUGAGUAUCCUGGAUGACCAGACUCGCCGUGGUCGAUCAGACGGCCAAUUCUUGGAUAGUGUUCGCAGACGGUUCGAAGGUAAAAACCCGGCAAUCUCUGUGGGCGAUUCCCAUGCUACUGGCUAUAUGUCUCAAACCCGGAGCGCAUUUACCGUCAAACACUUUGCAGGUGAAGUGGACUACUCUACAACUGGCCUGAUUGAAGAGAAUGGUGAGGUGAUCUCUGGAGAUUUGAUGAAUCUGAUGAAGUCUACCCGGAGUGACUUCGUUCGGGAGCUCUUUGGCCAAGAAGCGUUGCAGACUAUCUCCCACCCCCGGGAGAAGACUGCGAUCAUGCAAGCUCAAGUAUCCUCUAAACCCCUGCGGAUGCCAAGCAUGGCCAGGCGCAAGGUCAACCAACAGUCGCGCCUUGCAGCAACUCCCGAAGACGUUUUUGGUGCGGAGACUGAAGAAGUUGAAGAUAACGAUAGUCAAGAAACAAGUUCCAAGCGCGGCACGUCUAGCCGACGGGGUGGUCUUACCACUGGUCCAGCACAAGGAGCGGCCGGCCAAUUCCUCUCGGGGCUGGAGAUUAUCAACAAAUGUCUGAGUUCGCCAAACCUGAAUCCCUACUUUGUGAUCUGCCUCAAGCCCAACGAUCGCCGCAUUGCAAAUCAAUUCGACAGCAAAUGUGUGCGUAUGCAAGUGCAAACCUUUGGUAUCGCGGAGAUCAGUCAGCGGUUGAGAAAUUCCGAUUUCAGCGUUUUUCUCCCCUUUGCCGAAUUCCUUGGGCUGGCUGAAAUUGGCAAUGUUGUUGUCGGAAGUGACAAAGAAAAGUCAGAAGUCAUCUUGGAUGAACGACGAUGGCCUGGCAACGAAGCCCGCGUUGGCAGCACUGGUGUCUUCUUGAGUGAACGCUGCUGGGCGGACCUUGCCAAGGUCGGGGAGCGUGUGGUUCCGUCGUAUAAGAUUGGUGGAGCUGAAUCUGGCGAAGGGGGUUUCAAUUCUGCUACUGGAACUCCGGAUGCCAAAGUCCGUCUCCUCAAUCCAAACGACCAGUCUCCUGGUGCCUAUAUCUACGGAGACGAAACGAAGCAAGGUUACUUCGGAAGCCGUGAGAUGGAUGGCCGUUCCGAUGCUGGAGGCUCCGCCUUCAACUCUGGCGAUAUGUUCCGGAACCUUGAGACCCGAGAGCAGAUGUUGCAGAAAGGCAACGAAAAGAACAUGGAGGAGGUAGAUGAACUACCUGUCUCGGGCUCCCGCAAGCGUUGGAUGUUCUUAGUCUAUAUGCUUACCUUCUACAUUCCUGACUUCCUUAUCAAGUGGGUCGGCCGUAUGAAGCGUAAGGAGGUGCGUGUGGCUUGGCGUGAAAAAUUGGCCAUUAACAUGCUCAUCUGGUUCGCCUGUGGCUGUGCCGUCUUCAUGAUUGUUGGCUUCCCUGGAGUAGUCUGUCCAACACAGCAUGUCUACUCCAAGGGAGAACUCUCAACUCACAAUGGUAAAAAGGGUGAAACAUCCUUCAUUGCGAUAUCGGGUGUUGUGUUCGGCCUUGGCGAGUUCAUGCCUUCCCAUUACCCUAGUAUCGUUCCCGAAUCGUCCCUUAAGACUUAUGCCGGUACCGACGCCAGCGAUCUUUUCCCUAUACAAGUUUCAGCCUUGUGUCAGGGAGUGAACGGCAGUGUGGACCCUAGUGUGCCAUUGGACUAUCGAUCGAACUUGAAUGAAUCCAGCUCAUCCACGGCCACUGGUACGAAUGCCAAUGCCAAGUACCACGACUUCCGCUACUGGGUCACGGGUGAUUACCGUCCGGAUUGGUACUAUGAGCAAAUGGUCAUGUUGAGAUCAAGCUACAAGAAAGGUUGGGUCGGCUAUACUGCUGCCUACAUGAAGGAUCUAGCGGACAACGACGACAAGCAGAUUGUGAGCAUCGAUGGGAAAAUCUACGACAUGACCUACUAUAUCGCAGGUCCUCGAAUUCCCCGUUUCCCCACCGGAGUGAAUAAAUCUACCAGUGAUAUCGAUACCGACUACAUGAGCCCUUACAUCACUACUUUGGUUCAGGAGAAAUCCGGCCAGGAUGUCACCAAGUAUUGGAACGACCUUCCCUUCGAUACUGCAUUGCGAGCACGGAUGCAAUUGUGCAUGGACAACCUGUUCUUUGUCGGACAUCUCGAUACUCGAAACUCCCCACAGUGUCUAUUUGCGCGUUAUUUCAUUUUGGCUAUCUCGAUUCUGAUUUGCACAGUCAUCCUUGUCAAAUUCCUUGCUGCCCUGCAGUUCGGAAAGAAGAAUUUGCCUGAGAACUUGGAUAAAUUCAUCAUUUGUCAAGUACCGGCUUAUACUGAAGACGAAGACUCACUGCGUCGUGCCAUCGAUUCUAUGGCCCGUAUGAAAUAUGAUGACAAGCGUAAACUGUUGUUGAUCAUCUGUGACGGUAUGAUCAUUGGUCAAGGCAAUGACAGACCUACUCCUCGAAUCGUGUUGGAUAUUCUAGGUGUUCCUGAAACCCUGGAUCCAGAGCCUCUCAGCUUCGAGAGUCUGGGUGAGGGAAUGAAGCAGCACAACAUGGCAAAGGUUUACUCUGGCCUCUACGAGGUUCAAGGUCAUAUCGUCCCAUUCUUGGUUGUGGUCAAGAUUGGCAAACCCUCCGAGGUGUCUCGCCCUGGUAAUCGUGGUAAGCGUGAUUCCCAGAUGGUGCUCAUGCGAUUCCUGAACCGGGUUCACUACAAUCUACCCAUGAGUCCCAUGGAGCUUGAGAUGCAUCACCAGAUCCGAAAUAUUAUCGGUGUCAAUCCAACGUUCUAUGAGUUCAUCUUACAAGUCGACGCCGAUACAGUGGUAGCACCUGAUGCUGGUACCCGCUUCGUUUCGUCUUUCUUAUCUGAUACACGACUCAUCGGUGUUUGCGGAGAAACUUCCUUGUCUAAUGCCAAGACAUCGAUUGUUACCAUGAUCCAGGUUUACGAGUACUAUAUUUCCCACAAUCUGACCAAGGCAUUCGAAAGUCUUUUCGGGUCAGUUACUUGCUUGCCCGGUUGUUUCACCAUGUACCGUAUCCGUUCUUCGGAAAGCGGCAAACCACUGUUCGUCAGCAAGGAUAUCGUUGAGUCCUAUGCGGAGAUUCGUGUGGACACCCUCCACAUGAAGAACUUGCUUCACCUGGGUGAGGAUCGAUACCUGACCACGCUGCUCUUGAAGCAUCAUCCAAGCUUCAAAACCAAGUAUAUCUUCCGUGCUCAUGCCUGGACCGUGGCUCCGGAGAGCUUUGCUGUUUUCCUGUCGCAACGUCGCCGAUGGAUUAACUCGACUGUGCACAACUUGAUUGAGCUGAUUCCAUUGCAACAGCUUUGUGGAUUCUGCUGUUUCAGUAUGCGGUUCAUUGUCUUUGUUGAUCUGCUGAGUACCGUUAUCCAGCCAGUCACGGUCGCCUAUCUAGUGUACCUGAUUGUCUACAUUAUCCGAAACACCUCAGCGAUUCCAGUAACGUCAUUGAUUCUUCUUGGUGUGAUCUACGGUCUACAAGCAUUCAUUUUCAUUGUUCGACGCAAGUGGGAGAUGAUCGGUUGGAUGUUCAUUUACCUCCUUGCCAUUCCCAUCUUCACUCUUGCUCUCCCUCUGUACUCUUUCUGGAACAUGGAUGACUUCAGUUGGGGUACCACCCGUGUCAUCACUGGAGAGAAGGGCCGCAAGGUUAUCAUCUCCGACGAAGGCAAAUUCGACCCCGAAUCCAUCCCCAAGAAGCGCUGGGAGGAUUACCAGGUCGAGUUGUGGGAAGCCCAGACCUCUCGCGACGAUCGAUCCGAGAUCUCGGGUGUUUCUUACGGAACCAAAGCACAUGGUUUCCCGACUCCUCAUUCCGAGUAUGGAUUCCCCGGUUCUCGACCUGCUUCACAGCUAGAUCUGCCCCUCCUCCACGGCGGCUCGCGUCUUUCUGUCGCGCCGUCUGAGAUGCUUAGCCGCCACAUGGACAUGGAUAUGAGCAUGGAGGACUUGAGCCACCUGCCCAGUGACGAUUCCCUCUUGGCUGAGAUUCGAGAGAUUCUGCGCACGGCCGACUUGAUGAGUGUCACGAAGAAGAGUAUCAAGCAAGAGCUUGAACGACGAUUCGGCGUGAAUCUGGAUCUCAAGCGGCCAUACAUCAAUUCUGCCACCGAGGCCGUCCUUUCUGGUCUUCUAUAA